AACUCGCGUUUGUCAUUCUAACGAUAUUAUGAUAAGUCGCAACGAGCAAAUAAGCAUUAAAAUUUUUUUUUUGAAAUGUUGUGGUUGAUUAACCGCGUCUUUCGUAAUUUUGAUUUUGAACGAACGAAUCGUACGAUUAUUGUGAUUUGCGAACUUCUUUCCGGUUAUUUUUGUAAAAAAUAUCAUUAUUUUUAUUUUAGUUAGUAUAGGUACACGACACACGUACAUAAUAAUGGCUUUGUGUCCUCUUACGUCCACACAAGUUUUGGAGUUCUUGCCUUUGAACACGUGGACCGAGGUUUAUUUGCAACCAAGUAAUUUUAAAAAUGUAUGUUUUGUUUCAACCUAUCAUAAAAUGGAAAAGAGAAAGAAAGACAUGCAAUUAAUUUCAUCACAGAGUAGCUUAUUUCAUAGAGUUACACAAUUUGAAGUAUUAAAAAUAGUAGCUGUUGAAAUUGAAGGCAAAUGGUUCAGAGGGAAACUAAUUAGUUACAAUGAAUUUCUAACUGACAAUACCAUAAUUCAAUUAAUUGAUUAUGGCAAUGUUUAUGAAACUAAAUUAGAAAAUCUGUUUGACCUUCCAUAUUAUUUUAUGUAUGAACCAUUAGCUUUACCAGUCACAUUUAAAGAUUUUAUUCCAAAGAAAACAACAUUUUCUAUAAAACCCCUUCUGUCAGAGAGUAAUCUACAUGAAGGAGCUGUUCUUGUUCAUGUUAACAGUAAUGAUACAAAGUUGGAAAAAAGUGUUGAUGAAAAACAAUUAUUUAAAUCAAAAAAAGACAUUAACUCAGCGAAUGAUACAAAAAAUAUAAGUGUAAAAAAUAAUAUAACCAAUGGUCAUGAUAAUAAUAAAUCAAGCUCAUAUGUAUCUAGAACUUUAAAAAGAGUUAGUUUCAGUAGCAAAGAAAAACUGAACAAUGUGCCAUUAAAAAAUGAGGAUUAUUGCAUUUUGACUUAUUUCGAAGAUUUUACUUCUUUGUAUGUUGGAAAAGCUAUAAAAUGUGACAAUGGCAGUUACGAUUUCGUUGAUAUCAAUACUUUAUUAAACACUGCUAAGAGUACAGAUCAAAUACUAAAGUGUAAUCCAGUUGUGGGAGACGUGGUCAAAGUUUUUUCUAAAAAUGAGGAUUUAUUAUUCAGAGCAAAAAUAUUAAAAAAUAUUAAAGGUUGUUAUGAUGUUUUCUAUAUUGAUUAUGGAAACAUUGAAACAGUUCCAUCAAAUGUUAUAUAUGAAUUGGCUGAUGAAUUGAAGAAGAUGCCUGGAAUAGCUGUUAAAAUAGGACUCAGUGAUUUAAAAGAUUUUCAAAUAACCGAGCAAAUUAAAGAUAUGUUUAAAACAUUUUGUAACGCUGGAAAGCCAUUUAUGAUUGAGUUCAAUGAAAACUCUAAAAAUUGUCUAGAAAAUGUGAAAUUAAAAGAUAUAGAAAAUGGAUCAUAUAUUAAUUCUAAAUAUUUAAUGAAACGUAUAGCAUCACAAACUGAAGAAUUUAUUCAAAUACCACAAAAUAUUACUGAAAACGAGACAGUGCUGAUAAACACACCAGAACUAGAAGUCACAUCAAAUAUUGAAUUGAGAACUGGCGAUACCGUUUUUUGUACUCAUUCUGAAGAUUUUAACCUUCCCGAAUGUUCUAAAAAUAAUACUACACCAGGCAAUUGUAGUAUGAUAAUUAAUUCUAAAAUGACAAAUGGUUCAAACAGGGUUUCAAAUAACUGGCAAAGUGGUGAUCAUGUUGAAUUUCUAUAUGGAAAUAAUGUCGAUAAUAUUUUUGUAAGAAAUAUAAAAUUAUAUGAAGAAUUUAAAAAUGUGUUGGACCAACUAAAAGAAGAAAAUUAUGAACAUUACAAACCAAUAGUCGCAAAGCCUUGUGAAUAUGUGGCAGUAUAUUCUGGAAUUUAUAGAGGGAUUUAUAGAGCUAGGGUCUCGAUGCCAGAUUCUGACAAUACAAAUAUUAUCAAAUGUACUUUAAUUGAUUUUGGUAAAGUUGAUAUGAUUCCAUCUAAAAAUGUAUUUGCAUUGCCUAACUAUGUUUUGUUAAACAAAAUACCAACAAUGGUUCGUAGAGUUUCACUUAGUGGUGUACACAAGACCUCAAAUAUUAAUAUGAUAAUCCAAUAUCUGUCUUCAUUGAAAGGAAAAACAUAUAUUAUGGAAUAUGAUAAAAACCCUAGACAAUGGAAUAGACAUAAAGUCAUAUUAAAAGACUUACAGAGCAGUGUAUCUCUUAAUGAUGAAAUCCAAAAGUUAUAUUAAAGUGAAUCGUCUCCUAGAGGAAAUUUUCUUCAGCACAGAAGAUUGAAUAGAAAUACCUAAUAAUUAUAACUAUUAUAUUUUUUUAAAUUUAAUUAUGAAUUUUGAUAUUCAUCAAUUACAAUUUUGUAACCCUCACAGCAGUAUCUUUCAAUGAAACCAAUGUAAUGAAUAUUUGUUUUAAAUUAAAAAAUGUACCAACACUUUAAUAAAUAUUAAAGGAA